GAACAGAAACACAAAGCAAUUUACACUUCAUGAUUUCAGUGUACAACCUGACUCCUCAGCUACCUACGACCUUCAACAGUUGAUAGAUAGGUGGAUUGGACCUACUUACACCACGUGUCAUGUAAUGUUCCAAGGUAUGCCAGUGCCGGGCAGCAGGGUCUGCACACAGACAAUUACCGAUGAAAAUGGAAAUAAGAUUAAGAUCACAUGCUGCAACGGAGAGAGGACUGAGAUGAGAAACGUCCAAGAAAUACCUCCUCUCCUGGUGCUCAAUGUAGCACACAUAGUCCGCCAGGGCAAGCUGACUUCUGACAUUCAGAAGUUCCCAAUGAACCUUCUAUUGACAUCUUACACAAAUGGACACCCAGUUGAGACGGAAUACACUUUGGUAGGAGCUACUUUUCACCGUCCGGAUCACUUCACUGGUGCUUCUUUCACAAGAAGUUACGGAUGGCUGUAUUACGAUGCCCUCAAUCGACGGCUGCAUGAAUACAGCGGAAGGGAGGAUGGUGAAUUGAACCAUAUUGUUUACGUCAGGAAUGUUUCAAAAUAGCUUGCUACCCAGCCAACAUUGUAGUGCACUGCUAUAUACCCAGCCAACAUUGUAGUGCUAUACCCAGCCAACAUUGCUAACCAGCCAACAUUUCCACCCAGCCACCCGCCUGGAUAAAUCAAGGAUUGAAGUGGGCAUGCCUUGAAUGUGAUGGGGCCCACUAAUUGUUUGGCCAUGGGGCCUACAUUGGUCCAAAGUGGAUGUGCCUAAUAGUCAAGUAAUUGGAACUUUUCACUUAAUUGGAACAAAUUGCAACAGAAUUUAUUUCACUGCAGUGCAUUUCUUUGAAGUCCAUGGGAAAUCAUACUAAAAGUCCUUAAAAUCCAAAUACUAGUAGGGGAAAGCGUUCCAAUUUGCAUAAAUUCAAGAUGGCCACAAAAAAAUGAAAUAUUUGUAUAUACCUAUUCGAAAGUUUAAAAUAGCCUAUUUUACUAAUUUCCGAGGUUGGAUUUAUAACUAUGGGAUACCAUUUGAUAAAUAUUUUACCGUUUAAUAAUAAUGAGUUUUUCAUUUCCAUCUUAAUUUGCAUAUUUUUCAAAAUGGCUGCCAAAUACCAAUUUUGACCUUUUUAUACGCCCAUCUCGACGGGACAUAUUAUGGUAUCACGCUCGGUGUCCGUCCGUCCGUUAACUUUUCAUUGUAAACAAGAUAACUUCAGUUCAACUUAACCUAUAGGCUCAUAUAAUUUGGUAUGUAUGAUACUAGCAUGAAUCCCGGGAAGCCUAUUUGUUUUUUGGUCAAAUGGUCAAGGUCACAGUGACCUAUUUUCAUCUUACCCUUUUGCAGUCCUUGUAAAUGCGAUAACUUAAGUUGAACUUAACCUAGGCUCAUAUAAUUUGGUGUGUAUGAUACUAUCAUGAAAGGAAGCCUAUUAAUUUUGAAGUCAAAAGGUCAAGGUCACAGUGACAUGUUUUCACCUUAACCUGCUGCAGUACUUGUAAAUGUGAUAACUUCAGUUUAACUUAACCUUUAGGCUCAUAUAAUUUGGUUUGUAUGAUACUAGCAUAGAUCUCGGGAAUUCUAUUGAUUUUGAGGUCAGACAGUCAAAGGUGAAGUCGCCACCCGACCUUCCACUUUUCUUGCUUGAACGCUAUCUCCAUUUUCCGCUUUACAGGCGGGCGUAUUAUGUGCUCGCCUUAGCGACACUCUUGUUCUUACUGGUUUUCAUACACAUAUUUUUAAAUUUAAUUUUGAAUAAUGAAUAUUUUUGCUGUAUUUUUUGUAGGAGUUUUACACUUACACAUCAUUUGAGAUCCCCAGAAACUAUACUAAAAGUCCUAUAAUAUCUAACAAAGGAAAGACGUCUAAUUUGCAUACAUAAAGCCAAAAUUGUUUCCCAAGUCCAUGUCCAUUUCCAUUUUGCACUUAGGGUUCAGAGUCUAGUUUAUCACUAUGGGAUAUAAUUUGGUAAAGUUUAGAAAUUGUUUGCAUAAGUGUUUCAUUUGCAUAGUAAUUAGCAUAUUUUUUAAAAGGACCAAUGUAUCACUACUAAAUGCAAUUACUAAUAUGACUAUUAUCACUAACAACUACAAAUGUAUGAGUAUCAUAAUUUCAGAGAAUUAAAUUAAAACAAAAACAACCCAUAAACCUGAUUUUCAGGCUUGUUAUAGGCCAGCAAAUAUUUGUUUUGCCUGAAAUGCAAAAAAAGACACAAUUAAGAAAUGUAUGGGUAUCUUCUUUUCUUGUCAAUAUAUUCAUUUUGUUUUCAAAAACGGCACUGCUGCAGAUUAAAUCCUGUUACUAAAAUGAUAUUGAGACCGAUAUGCAGAAACCACUCCGCAAUUAGUAAAAUGCUUGUAAAUGAGAUGGGUAUUUUAUAUUCUUACCUUGUAAAUCUAAGCAGAUUGAAAACCAUCUUUCAUUAACAAGUGUAAUAUUUGAAAUUAAUGUAUCACAUACAGUAUAAUAUUCAGGACCAUGUCAGCAAUGGAUCUUUAUAUUGAUGAAAUUUUUUCAUGAAAUACUCCUGAAAUAGCCUUUCAUGAGUGUAUUUACGUUAUAUGUGCAAAAGUCAAAAAAAUCUAAAUUUGAUAGUUGUUUUGUUAAAUAUGACCUACAUAAUGAUGAGUUUUUUUCAUGCUAUCAUUGAUAAAAUUAUUCAAAAUAUAGUAUUGUACAGUAAAUUCGUUCAUUCAAAUCAUUGAAACAAAUCAUCUAAGAUCAAGGACAAGGCAAAUCAUGGAAUUUUGGUGGCCAUCUUGGAUUUAUGCAAAUUAGAUGCCUUUCCCCUAUAUUCGGAUAGUUUGGGACUUUUAGUAUGAUGUACCUGGCAGAAAUGCAUUGUGGUGAAAAAGUUAUGUUGCAUUUUGUUUUAAGUUCGACCAAAUUUUGGGAUAAAAUGACUGGGCUAUAAUAAUGGCUUGCUGUUGGGUACCAUAUCUAUACCUAUUUUUUGUCACAAUGUGGGACAAUGAUUUCGCCAAGUUAUG